CCAAAUCAAAAUAUUAGUAUAAGGUUAUGGAUUGUUUAGGUAAUAGUUAAAAUCGUUACCUAAAAAGGAGAUACAGUGCUUAGAAAGUCCAACCAAAAUAAGUACCUAAAGUCAAAGACCUGUAGAAGAAGAUUCAAGAUCCUUGAUAAAAUUCAAGUUUUGUAAGAUCAAUCCUGAAGACCACAAUUUAGAUUUUGGAAGUGGAUAAUGGAUCAUCAAUGGCGUAUGAGGUUUUCGUUCAAGAACGCCACAAUUGCUCUCACAGUCGUCAACGUUCUCAUCUUCCUCUUCCUCCUUCAGGGCUUUUUCACUUCAUCAUCAUCCUCAUCUUCUUCUUCUUCCUCUCGCCGACUCAUUUCAGCUCAGCUUCGGUAUAUCAAGGAAGCUGAAGAGAUUAGGCUCAAGAUGCAACCUUUAGAGCUCAUCAAAAGAGUCCGAGAAAUCGAACAGGAGGCAUCUGCGGGACAAGAAACCGAGCAACAUAAAGAUGUGAAGCAGACUACAGCCGUUGAUCUCUCUAAACGACUUAAGGAUUUCCGUGCGCUAAAUGAUGCAUCAAGCUUGAAAGCAUUGGAAGAAUGGCGAAAGCGGAAAAUGGAACGAGCAAGACAACGGGAUCUUGAGAAAACCGGAGGAGUUUCGUCCAUCAAAACAUCAUCAUAAUUCAUAAUUCUCAAAAUAUCCGAUUAUCGUAAAAUUAUUGAACAUUUGUAAGUCUCAUAAAAAAAUCAUACUAGUGUAAAGACAGACAGAAUGCUGGAAACACAGGAAAAGAAAAGAAGGAAAUGUUUGUAAUGUUUCCGACAAACUUGUUUACACCAAAUUUUACCAAGUAAGAUUUUUCAUCACA